AGCACCUUUUUUUCUCAGAGAAGGAACCAAAACUCCGCUCCCUCCCUCUCUCUCCGUACAUUAUAAAACCUCUUCCCUUUCCCCCGCCAUUUUCCUCGUCGUCGUCUCUCUCUCUCUCUCUCUCUCUCUCUUUCUCUCUCAUACUACCCAAUUGCCAUUAAUGUCGUCUUCCAAGCUCAAGGUCGACGAGCUCCGCGCCGAGCUCUCUCGCCGCGGCCUCGACACUUCCGGAACCAAACCCACCCUCGUGCGGCGCCUCGAGUCGGCGCUCCGCAAGGAGAAGAAAGCGGAGGCGGCGGCGGCAGCGGUGAGUGACGGUGCCGCUGCAAAUGCUGGGAAGAAGAGGAAGCGGGACGAGUUAGCGGGGGACGGGGACGUGGACGGGGAAGGGGAUGGAGAUAGGAAUGGGGUGAUCGGCGAUGUGGAGAAGCUUCUAGAGAUGGGUAUUAGGGAGUUGAGGGAAAUGGCGAAGGCGCGGGGAGUACCCGCGAACGGGUCGAAGAGGGAGCUUGCAGAGAGGCUAUGUUCUUCUUCUUCUUCUUCUGCUGAGGACAAGGAUGAGAGAAAAGGAGAUGCAGAGGAGCCCAAGAAGGAGAAGUUGGUGACGGCAACCAAGAAGGGCGCCGCAGUGUUGGAUCAGCACCUCCCGGAUCAUAUGAAGUCCUCCUUUCAUGUUUUGCAGUUGGGAGAGGAAAUUUAUGAUGCCACUUUGAACCAGACGAACGUUGGGGACAAUAAUAACAAGUUUUAUGUUAUCCAAGCUUUAGAAUCUGAUGAUGGUCGGACAUACAUGGUUUACAAUAGAUGGGGCAGAGUUGGAGUGCGUGGUCAAGAUAAGCUACACGGCCCCUUCGGAACGCGAGAACGAGCAAUCUAUGAAUUUGAGGGCAAGUUCUUCGACAAGACAAAAAAUCAUUGGUCUAACCGCAAAAAUUUCAUAUAUUACCCAAAGCUCUAUACUUGGCUGGAAAUGGAUUACAGUGAGGCCGAGAAGGAAACAGCCAAAGACAAUAAGGCUCAGGCGUCCAUCAGUGCUCAACCACAAGAAACAAAACUUGAUUCCAGAAUUGCAAGCUUUAUAUCCCUCAUAUGCAAUGUCGGGAUGAUGAAGCAGCAAAUGAUGGAGAUAGGAUAUAAUGCUGAAAAGCUACCACUUGGUAAACUUAGCAAAUCUACAAUAUUGAAGGGCUACGAUGCCUUAAGGAGGAUAUCUGAUGUGAUUUCAACAAAUGACAGGAAGAAACUUGAACAAUUAAGUGGGGAGUUCUACACAGUGAUUCCUCAUGACUUUGGUUUUAGAAAGAUGCGUGACUUUGUCAUUGACACUCCUCAAAAGUUGAAAAGCAAGCUCGAAAUGGUUCAAGCUCUAGGAGAGAUAGAGAUUGCAACCAAACUUUUGGAGGAGGAUGAAGAAAUGCAGGAUGACCCUUUGUAUUCCCGCUAUAAGCAGCUUCAUUGUGAAUUGGUACCAGUGGAAGCCGAUUCAGAUGAAUAUUCUAUGAUAAAGAAGUAUAUUGCAAAUACACAUGGCAAGACACACUCAAAUUACACAGUUGAUAUAGUACAGAUAUUUAAAGCUUCCAGGGAUGGUGAAUUGGAGCACUUCAAAAAGUUUUCUGAUACAAAAAAUCGGAUGCUUCUAUGGCAUGGUUCUCGCCUUUCUAACUGGACUGGGAUUCUUUCUCAAGGAUUACGGAUCGCUCCUCCGGAAGCACCAGUUACUGGUUACAUGUUUGGGAAAGGAGUUUACUUUGCCGAUAUGUUCUCCAAGAGUGCAAAUUAUUGCUAUGCAUCACACGCAUCUACGGCUGGAGUGCUGCUUCUUUGUGAGGUUGCAUUAGGUGAUAUGAAUGAGCUAUUAUUUUCUGAUUACAAUGCUGAUAAACUGCCAAAAGGAAAACUGAGUACAAAAGGAGUAGGUAAAACAGCACCAGAUACGUCGGAGUCUGUGACCCUUGAAGAUGGUGUGGUUGUUCCCCAGGGAAUGCCAAAGGAGGACAGGUUUGCUAAGGGUACAUUGCUAUAUAAUGAGUACAUUGUGUACAAUGUAAAUCAGAUAAAGAUGCGAUACGUCAUUCAUGUAAAUUUCAACUUCAAGUGAUGAAUGUCCACCACGGGCUAUCCUUCAUGCGGCAAAUCCAUGACCAGCGUAAAAUCUCCGCAUAAUUGGUACGUGCCAGAGCCUUUUCUAUUCUUGUGCUCAAGUUAUUUGUCGUGGUGAGUAUAUACAUAUAACUGUGCACUUGUGUUGAAGGAAGCAACUCUUUCAAUGUCUUUUGAGUGGUUCAUCAGAAACUAAUUGCCCAUUAGGUCUGUUUUGUUUUGUAUCUUUGUGUUGUAUAUGUGAAUGAUUUGUCGAUCGCUUUUUCUUCCCCACCAUUAUUUAUUGUUGUAACUAUCACGAACUCAUUGAUUAUCUUUUGAUAGUUUUUUUGCUUGCAAUGCCU